UCCGUGCCUUCCCGUCUCCCCCUGCGAUUCGGAACCGAGUUUGGAUUCGCAAACUCGGUCGCAAUCGUUAGUUUAUCGUCUCUGCCUGGUUUGUGUCUUUGUCCCACACGGAAGACGUUCUAAGCAUCCAAAAUGGUUGAGGAACUUAGCAAAGAACAAGUUGAAAUGUUGAAGAAGGCCUUCGACAUGUUCGACAAAGAAAAGAAGGGAUCCAUCAACACCUCUAUGGUCUCCACCAUUCUGAGGACACUAGGACAGACGUUCGUAGAAAGCGAGCUAAAAGAACUAAUACAAGAAAUAGACGUAGACGGUAGCGGUGAGCUAGAGUUUGACGAGUUCUUGGCUCUAACCGCGAGGUUCUUGGUGGAAGAAGACUCGGAAGCCAUGCAGGAGGAGUUAAGGGAAGCGUUCCGUAUGUACGACAAAGAAGGGAACGGGUAUAUUCACGUUCGAGACUUACGAGAGAUCCUGAGAGCUCUCGAUGACAAGCUGACAGAGGAUGAGUUGGACGAGAUGAUUGCAGAAAUCGACACUGACGGCUCCGGUACCGUCGAUUUCGACGAGUUCAUGGAAAUGAUGACUGGUGAUUGAAAUGUAUCAUAUUCUUUAAAUCGUUGGAUGUGUGGAUCAGAGAAUAACCAUCAGCAGAGAGCGGAUAAAUCAACCGACAACAAAGACAGAACAUUGUUUGCAGAGAAGAACGAUCUAACAAGAAAUAAAAUACAGAACUUCAUAAUAACAAAAAUCAAAGCUAACUUUGCACCCUUUCAUGUUACAUGUUUCAAUCUAUUUAUUUUUUUCUCUUCCAAAAUUUAAAACUGUUAUUUCUUUGAAAGAACAUUCUGUUUUUAAUAAAAGUAAAUAAAAAUAAAUAUUCUGUUUUUUA